CUUUUUUUUCGAACAGCUGCCACAACAAAUCUACAAUCGAAUAUGCAUGUCGCUCGCGUGGCGCCUCUCCCUUCAAAUUUAAGGUCCAACUGAAUCUCAUCUUUACACCUUGAACACCCCCCCAACCUUCUGCCACAGAUGCUCGACCAGUACAGCCCUAUCAUGCUACGCUCUGCUGUCUCGUUUGAUCCUUACAAUGAAAAGGUCAACCAUCCAGGUCAUCUCUAUGUCCGUCAACCGCACGCAAUCAUUCAGCUCGUAGAGGCUUCACCACCUCCACGUCCUAUAUCAUCUGUCAUCGACUCUAGCUUCUCUUCUGGAUCCUCGUAUCCAUCUACAUCAGACUCUGAAGACGAGGAGGACUGCUCAUCAUACUGCUCGUCUUUCGUCACUCCUCCCCAUCCUUCCCAGGACAGAGAACCUGUGGUAUGGACAGACGAUACAUACGAUGUCCGUCAGAAGCGUAUACAGAAUUGGAGAGAUAAUUCAAUGAAAGCAAUGACCGAGCCUCGCUCAUCAUCACUGAAACGAAAGUUGAAUCAAAAUCAAACAGACGAUGAUCUGGUCUCGCACACUCCAAAAAGAUCGCGUUCGCGGGAUCCCCACAGCGCAUCCAGAUUACUCGGGCACUCAUGUACUGCGUGCGAUACCCCUUUCUCAUCAAGGCAAAGCCUGCGACAACACGGUCGCACUCCUCAUAUAUCUGAGGCAUGUCGGAUAGCGGUCGAAUACAAUUUCGAAUGACCGACUACUGCUUGCUUUGCUCUUUAUGACGAUCACGACCCCCCAGCAUGUACGAUAAACCCACCAUUAUUUUUUUUAUUCACGUUUCGGUAUCGUACAUACUGAUUUGCCAUACUGUGUACCACCAAUUGCAACGGAUGGGAUGUACAUUAUUGAAUCACCUUGUUAAUUAUACCAUAUUAGCUCACUAGUACCUUUCCAAUACCAACCAUUUGACAAUGAC